GGACCUCAUUCCAGGCCCGGGGGACUCCCGAAAUAUGAGACAUGGCCUCUAGCAAGCAGCAGCCACCAGCAGCAGCCAACGGCGACCUGCAAGAGGAGGAGCGGCUUGAAGAUGCACUCUUUCAAUUGAACCAGAUGCAUCUCCAGCUGCGGCAGCUUCGCUCGCUGCUCCCACGCAUGCUGGAGCCCCUGCAGGCCAAGCAUGCCUCGCCCCAGGCUGCCUUCGCGGCCUACAUGCAGUCCGUUGAGAGCGCCAACAAGGAGAUUGCUGGCUUCCGGGACGUCCUCUAUAGCCCGGAGACCGAGGCCCUCUUUACUCGAGCACUGAAGAGCCAGAAAGAAAACCCAAAAGGCAUCAAACAGUGGCGUGCACGCGACGACCCUGACUGGGCCAACGAGGAUCGGCGGAAACGGGUGAGAAGUGCUUCUUGAGUUGAUUUAGGGUUAGAUUCGGCCUUCGGAAUACCACGCGGCGUCUGGAGUCGAGGCAUACGGAUACAACACUUCAUGUGGCGCAAGUGGUCUUCUUGAAUGAAUCUUAGUAAUUGGCACUAGCCACAUUUGCUUAUAUAAGCUUAAAUACUGCCAGCUGCCUCGCUCCCUUCGGCAGUGCCAAACCUUGAGUUUCAAGUGGGGCUUUGCAAGUCAGGCCCGCGCCCACAGAAAUUUCCAAACUGUAUCUCAAAAUUCACCCACCCUGCACAGCGUGAUCGAGCCGACGGAAACCAUCACGACAACGACAACACCGCUGCAAUGGCACCCUCAAGAGUAACCUACCGUCGCCGCAACCC